GUGUAGAAAGAACCUGCGAAAGAGGCAUGCUCUAGACCGCACCUAAACCACGGAUGCUUUGACACCCCAAGUCCUCCCCACCCCGAGCCUGUGGCGGGAAACCCGCUGGCAGGACAGGGACUGUCUGCAAACCAGGAAGGAGGGUAUGUGAAGAGCUGCUGCCAGAACUGUGUGAAGCCAGCACCCCCGGGUGCCAUCACUGUCACUGCCUUCUGCUUGUCCAGCUCAAGAGAUCCAGGAGCCGUCCACAGCCUCCUCCUUCCUGCCUUCUGUGGCCCAGCAGCCAGAGUGGCAGCCUCUCCACCCCUUGGAACCCCACAACCCAGUGCUGGCCCAUGGAGCCCUGCCGGUCCGUGGCCUUGUUCUCCAGCUCCCUGGGCCUGGUGUGCUUGCUGGUGGCCCUCAGCACCGACUUUUGGAUAGUGGCCACAGGGACUAGCUCGGCUCACUCAGGCCUCUGGCCAAAAGGUGGCCGGGAGGAUGAAGUGAAAGGCUACAUCCAUGUGACACAGAGCUUCUGCAUCCUGGCCGCCCUGUGGGGCCUGGUGGCCGUGGGCUUCCUGGUGCUGUCCUACAUCCCUUCGCUGUCCGCCCCUGGCCGUGGUCCUCUGGUCUCCACCAUCUCCGCAUUCGCUGCAGCUCUCUCCAUGCUGGUGGCCAUGGCGGUGUACACCAGUGAGCGCUGGAGCCAGGCUCCCAACCCGCAAGUCCAGACCUUCUUCUGCUGGUCCUUCUACCUGGGCUGGGUCUCCACCGUCCUGUUCCUCUGCGCAGGUGCCCUGAGUCUGGCUGCUCACUGCAGUGCCCCCCGACCUGGCUACGAAACCUUGUGAGCAGGAGAGGCCAGGAUGCGUUUGAGCACUGUGCCCAGGAAGUGUCCUCAGGAGUCACAGAAGGACAGCUGGACCCUCUGUCCUUCCAUCCCAAACCAUCCCCCUUCACCUAUUUCUUCAUUCAUUCAAUAAAAAAUUGGCUAAAA